AUGAAUGGAGCAGUAGAAGUUGCAAACAAGAACAUCAAGAAGAUCAAAAGGAAGAUGGUCGAUAGUCACCGAUCAUGGCAUGAUAUAUUGCCUUAUGCCUUAUUGGCAUAUCACACGACAGUCCAAAUCUCGGCUGGAAAAACUCCUUAUGUGCUAGUCUGUGGGAUAGAAACAGUAAUACCUAUUGAGGUCGAGAUAUCAUCUUUAAGAAUCAUCCAAGAAGCGGGUUUGAGUAAUGAAGAAUUAGUUUGCGCCUAUUAUGAACAACUUAUUAUGAUUGAUGAAAAGAGGAUGAGAACUGUAUGCCAUGGCCAAUUAUAUCAACAACGAAUGAUUUGUCCUUUCAAUAAAAGAGUAAGAGCUCGCACAUUUGAAGUUGGAAAAUUAUUGGUCAAAUGCAUAUUCCCUCACCAAGAGGAGUAUAAAGGAAAGGUCGCUCCAAAUUGGCAGGGGCCGUAUGUAGUCUGCAAAGUGCUAUUUGGAGGAGCCUUGAUUUUGUCUUAA